AUGGUAAUCACCCUUCUUAAAUCAAGAAAUCCUCCCAAAACAAGACAGUAUUUAACCCAUUUAUUCUGUCUCGCAGAUCUAACAAUGACUCCCAACCUGGUAAUUUGGAGUUUUCUUGUCUCUCUUGCAUUCACACCCGCUCCUGUUUUUCCUGCCACGUUUACCACGAUAAGAGUCCCUCUUUCCAUUGCUCCCAUCGUGAGCAUUCCUCGACCGGAUUCUUUAGAUGAAGAAGUGAUCAAUAAUUCUGAACUCUAUGCCAGAGCUACAAUUUAUGACAAUUUUAACGCAUCAGUUAUACAUGACCUUGACGGAGUUCUCAAUACAUCAAUAUCUAGUGUAAUAAGCAAUAUUUUGUUGUUGAAGGAACGAGGUUUAUUGCAAGUUGAUAUGUUAACUGCUUUCAACUGUACUACAUGGUGUCUGGAUCUACCGAUAAGUGAAAUCGCGCGAGUCACUGGAAAAACGAUGGAGAAUUUGAAAGGAAAUCCUGAUCCUGUCACAGUGCUGGAGAUGCAUGAUGCAAUUAUUGAAACACUGGAAGAUGUUUACUGCUUUGAUAUGGUUUUAAUUGAAAAAAGUCUCAAUAUGUUCUCUAAAUUUCUUUUGGAAAGCCAAUGGGCAUUAUUUGCAGCACAAAUAGUUAUACAAGCAGUUCAAUGUAGGGCUAAUAUUCUUGGUGUUAAUGCGACAGAAUUGGCUGAGCUUCUUCGUACAGACCUCGCUACAUUAUAUGGCUACACACUUGAUAAUUUAAACAAAACGUUCUUCCAGAACUUUUUACAACUUCAAGUUCGUAAGAAUCUAUUUGAAACAAGGACACUUGAUGAUGCUUAUGCCAUCGCAGAAUUAACUGAGGCCCAGGGCGAAGGUAAAACAAUGUUGUUUUUUGCUGGUGCACGUACUUCUUCGAUUAAUUUCAAUCUUCGUGAUCUGGAAAUUCUGUAUGAUUGGCAGAAGCCUCAACUGUUUGCUAUUGAAAAUAUACCAUUGUCAAGCUACUUGUCUCAGUGCUCUGUCAAAACAUCAAACUCGUUGCUUGCUGUAUCUAAACUGUUGUUUGGGCAAGGAGCAACAGAGCCGACCUGCAACGUUGCUUACGUUUUAUCAAGAUCUCUGAACGAAGUUGAAGCUAAGUUUAAUGCUCUGACCGCAGUUGAAACCCAAAAUUCUCUAUACAUCUUUAUGACUGCUACUAGCAUCUCAAGUUGGUUCGUUAUGGAUGAUAUUCUUCAGUUGGUUAUAAACGAAGGUAUCUGGGUAGAAAUACCAUCGGCAAGUCAUGUUGCAUCUGCAGCAAGUCAAAACACAUCAUUCAUAAAAACCUGCUCUCUGCCUGAAGUAAUUGCAUCGUUAAAGAACUCAAAUGUAACAGGAACACUUGGACCAUUACUGGAAAUCAAUAACCCUACGUUUCGAAAUCUGUUACUUACGACGUAUGGGUAUAGUUAUAAUGAAUUGAUCAGUCUAACAAGGGCACCUUUAUCACAACUAUCUAACUUGUCUGUGGUUGAACUUCAUGCUAUAAUACUGGGAGCAUUAGUUGACAGAUAUUCUAUUUCUAACUUGUCUCUAUUACUUGAUGCACCUGGUGUAGUUGACAUGCACGUACUUUCAACUCUUCCGUCUUUUGAAUGGUCAAGGGCUGUUAUUGCCGUUAUCCAAGCUUCGUUUGCUCAUGCAGCAGAUGCUUUAUCGUUGAACUUGGCCGCUGGUAGUCGUAUUGUAGUGACUAACCAGGCCGACGGGAAUCCAACAAUUCUGGUCAAUCCUUCGCGUGUCUAUUUCUCGCCAAGAGUAAACACAAGCACACUAGCGACGUGUCUGCUUGGACGAAAUGAGACAGAUAUUUAUGCGAUGCCAUUGCCAGAGUAUCACACACUAUUUAUCAUAAACAUCAUACCUAUCGUCGAGGGGAAGAUAAUCAUCGAAACCACGGCUUUGGAAGACCUGCUGGCAGAAAAUAACUUAGUUCUCCGACAAAUCUGGAAUAGAACUGUGGCAGAGGUCGUUUCACAAUACACAGGUUUAACAGCGCAGCAAUUGAGAUGUCUCUAUGGUUGGAAUCAAUUCUUCCUUGACUUCAUUAAUGAAAUAACCUGGGGAAAUGUUAGUGCGUUCCGACUUUGUGGCGCGUAUGAGAAAUUAGCACUUCAUCGAAUCUUGGUUCAGCUUUUAACAGCACCAACGGUGAAUUGCUGUAAGUAAAACAAUAUUAUUUUAUAUGUUUUACCAGUAUAUUUACUUUGAAAAAUUGUCUAAACUAGGAAAAAAUCGUGAUCACUUGAUGCAUGUCUUUGAAAGUUAGCAAUGUACGUGAACGUCCAUUACUGCCACUGUAUCAUUUUGCUUAUUUUCUAUUGACUUGUUUGUUUGUUUGUUUGUCUGUCUGUCUGUCUGUCUGUCUGUCUGUCUGUCUGUCUGUCUGUCUGUCUGUCUGUCUGUCUGUCUGUCUGUCUGUCUGUCUGUCUGUCUGUCCGUCCGUCCGUCCGUCUGUCCGUCCGUCCGUCCGUCCGUCCGUCCGUCCGUCCGUCCGUCCGUCCGUCCGUCCGUCCGUCUGUCUGUUUGUUUGUUUGUUUGUUUGUUUGUUUGUUUGUUUGUUUGUUUGUUUGUUUGUUUGUUUGUUUGUUUGUUUGUUUGUUUGUUUGUUUGGUUGUUUGUUUGUUUGUUUGUUUGUUUGUUUGUUUGUUUGUUUGUUUGUUUGUUUGUUUGUUUGUUUGUUUGUUUGUUUGUUUGUUUGUUUGUUUGUUUGUUUGUUUGUUUUGUUUGUUUGUUUGUUUGUUUGUUUGUUUGUUUGUUUGUUUGUUUGUUUGUUUGUUUGUUUGUUUGUUUGUUUGUUUGUUUGUUUGUUUGUUUGUUUGUUUGUUUGUUUGUUUGUUUGUUUGUUUGUUUGUUUGUUUGUUUGUUUGUUUGUUUGUUUGUUUGUUUGUUUGUUUGUUUGUUUGUUUGUUUGUUAGUUUGGUGUUCAUUUAUAUGCACGAGCGAUAUAUACUCACUAUAAAUUUGUACAUUAUUAGAAGUAAUUUCGCAUAAUUAUACAACGACCUCGUACUAUAGUCAUAAACAUAUAUAUUGAUGUUUUCUAGUUACAACUAUCUCUUUAUCAUCAAGUUCUUAUGGUGUCGGAGAAUCAGACGGAAUCGUUACUAUUUUUGUUCAGUUGGUUUCUGUUCUUGAUCCAAAAGUUGAAGAUAACAUUCAAGUUAGGUAAGCAAGACGGUAUGUUUAAAGAUGAAGUGAUGCAAAAUGUUAUCUAGCAUUUGGGUCGAUCCGUCCGUAGUUGGACAUCGAGCCGCGAGUCCCUCGCGACUGUCACUGCCUCUUCCCAAAAUAUAUGUGUCUCUGUUCCAGGUUGACCCCAAUUGUUCUUCUCUACGUGAUAGGUAGCCUCCCUCGUUUUCUUUUUCCGUUGCUCGGUUUCCAAUUAAGUGCGCUUUUGGUAUUAGCACAUCCUCGAUCCGUAACACAUGACCAACCCAAACAAGUUGUCUUUUUUCAUGAUCUUGGACAGUGGUCUUUGCCUCGACCUUUUUCUCACUUCGUCAUUAGUUAUUCAAACCUCCUAUGUUAUUUUCAGUAUUCGUCUCAAACAAUUGUGGUGGAAUGCCUCGAGUUUUGAAAGAUCAUUGUUAUAGAAAAUUGAAAUUGUUAUAGUUUGCCAUACUAAUAUAGUCAGUUUGGAGAACUUGUACUAGCAAAACAGACAUGAUGAACUGACUAAAAAUAGAUCCGAAUCGAUCCAACAAUCACUGUAAAUAUAUAUUAAAGUUCUUAAUUUAUUAAUCUGAUUAAAUUAAUAAAAUCGUUUAAUUUUUAGUUUAUCCACUUCUUCCAUAUCCGCCACUGGUGGUACAGACUUUCAACAAAUACCGAAUACCAUUGUAACAUUCCAAGCUGGAGAAACUGGUCAGAAAACAGUAACUAUCAACAUUCUUGACGAUAAAAUAGCAGAAAAUGAUGAACAAUUUCUUGUAUUGAUUACGAGUUCAGAUUCUGAUACGAUAAUACUAACAUCCACAGCAACAAUUACUAUUCUGGAUAACGACUGUAAGUGGUAUUUUUAUUUAUUCCAGGCCGUAACUACUGGAUGUGGGUGGUGGAACAACCCCCCAAAGAAAGUCAAGGAGGGGGUCCAGUUUCCCCAGAGGGGGCCUCUCGAAAUGCUGGAAUUGCGGAACGUUUUAAAUAUUAAGGAAUAUUGAAUAUUUUAACCCCCAAUUAUCCCCAAAUAGGUUGGAACGUUUUAUUUUUGCAAGAAAACGUCGCCUCCCCCUCCCCCAUUGCCAACAUUUUCCGGAAAAAUGUUUUGAGGAGGCCCCGGAAGGAAGGGGCCGGGCCCAAAUUUUCAGUUCACUCCCCAAACCAGAUAUCGUUCGGGACCCCCUGAUUUAUUCAUUAACUAAUCAGAGUUGACUAAAUAUUAUACUUUCUCACUUAGUGUAACCCACCCAUUGUUUAAGGCUUUGUCAAAUAUCCCUUAGGAAAAUCUAAUUAUGUUAAUUUGGAUCGAUGUUGAGAUCUGUCCAUUGCCAUUGACUUGGCAUCAUUCCAGAUACGUUUCCAGAGACAUAGGCGUAUGCGAGGAGAACAACUGGGGGGCUGAAAGAAAUUAGUCAGACUUUUUGCAUUUUGCCCGACCUAUCAAUAAACAAUUCCCGUGUGAAAUUCCCAACUCCUUCUCGACGGGGGGAUUUUCGAUUAUUAUCGCAAGAAUCUAGAUUUUAAUUUUAAAUUAUAUAUCACUUGAAUGAAAUCACUUAUAUAUAUUUUUAAUUUUCGACCAUUAUCUUAAUUUAAAUAUUUCUUGCAUUUUCCACUAUUAUAUAUCUUACAUAUUUCGUGCCUCUGCCCCCCCCCCCCACGCCUCGUACGCUUAUGUUUGAGAGCAAAUGCUAUAUCUAGGGAUAAUAGUCCUCAUAUAACCCCUCUAACGAGUUAGCAAGGUGGCAAAUAUUACGCCAGACCCUAAGAAAGGUUUCAAAUAUUAAUCAGAUUAUCAGAUAAUAAAUAAUCAUUCAGAAAAAUGUUUAAUAAGAAAAAAUUUUUAAAAAAACAGUUGACAAUUGUCGCAGUUUCGCACCCUUAAAGCCAUAAAGGACAUGACUCGAAAAUUGACGUUGUUAUUUUUUAGUCUAAUUUGAAAGAUAAUUGAAAGAGUAAUUUCUUUGAUAGAUUUGUGUUUUAUUCAUUCGUUUUGGAGAUAUUUCAUUUUUUAUAAUAUGCAAAGGACCAAACACGACUAAACACAAUCAGUAGAAAACCUACAUGGGUGUUGUUGUGGACAAAUCUCAUUCUCAUCAUUCAUUUUGAGCGAAUUUAUUUGAUAGUGACAAAAUUAUAUAACAUUUUAAUUAAAGUAAGUCAUUAUGUACAUGUGACGUAGAAAGUUCAUUGUUACAACGUGUUUUCAUGAUUGCUACACAACUGUUGCAAACACAUCUUGUUGACAAGAUUUGAAAUUCUAGUUACGUGUGUGGUUGACUUGAUAGCCUUCUGUCAACAAUCACAUGAAAACACGUUUUAUCGCUUUGUAGUUGUUUCCCUUUCAUGGCAAGUUCCAGACAACUCGGUGGCAGAGAACCUUGGUCUGUUUACGUUUAGCCUUAUUUUAAAUGGUGAAAUUGAAAAAAAUAUAUCUGUUAGGUAAGACAUCUGGAAUUUUAAUAGCACCUGAAAGUUUUUUUAUUUUAGUUCUAAGAUAUAAGAAUAUAUAACGAUCGGUUAAAAUAUUAUUAUUAAGAAUUUUAAGUUCAAUUUGGAUGAGCAAGUGGAAACCUGCCGCAAACUUUACAGAGAACAUAUGAACAUAUAUGUAAAAAAAGGAAUGAUCAUUGAUCGAGAGCUAGGCUACAAUAAUUUAUAAAUUAUACUGCAGUGUACCAUGAUAAAUGUGGUAAAGGAUAUAUAGCAUAGGGUAAAAGCAUUGAAUUUAUAGGAUAUAUUAAUUAAAAUUAAAUAAUAAUAUAGUAUACGCUCAUAAAAAUAUUUAGUCGCUCGUUUAACCAAAACAGAGAGAAAACAGAGAUAUAAUUACCAUAUAUUAACUAUUGAAUGACAUACAUGUAAAACACGUGAUCAUUACAGGUCUUACGUGUUUGAUAAGCACCUUUAUUUUUUUAAUUAAGUAAUUAUUUAAUUGCCACACCGCACUACUUAUUCAAUCGUUACCAAUGUUAUCGUAAAUUGCAUUCAAUACAGUGAUAUUGUGUUAAAUUCUCCAUACUAAAACAUAUGUCAUCUUAACAUUUUCUCUUUAGCAUUGCUGUGAAUGAUCUUACGACGAAUUCAACUGAUUAUUCAUUACUAACAACGGCAGUUACGUUCACUCCUUGUAAUGUUAGUAGCACCAAGUCAGUCCAUCUCCUUAUUACCAACGACCAAAUUGUUGAGCCAGCAGAAUCUCUCGCACUCACACCAAGUACAACUGAUGCCUCAGUCAAUACAACUAGUACAGUGAUCUUAACUAUUCAAGAUGAUGACAGUGAGUGUGUUUUCAUGUAACAUAUGAUACGAGGGCUGUUGUUCCGGCUAUAGAUUUUACUGUCAUGCGUUACCCACAUUAAUAAAAAUUGAUUGGUUGACAGAGGAAGAAGAUUAAUCAUAGAUUCAUCAUGGUAUACCAAAAUAUGAUGGUUUGGAAACUAAACAGAAGCUAUUGUGUGAUGUUUUUACCCGAGUUUAUGUUAAUUUGGGCACGGUCACGGUGAUUGCCGGCUCGUUGUAUUUUAGGCUAUAAUUAAGUAAUUGUCCAGUAGCGACAGCUGAGAUGAAACGUGCGGAAAAAAUAAUGGCGGUUUUGUCAGUAAGGCGAGAGGGUUUCUGCAUGCAUGUAUUUCUAUUAUUAUUAGUGAUUUGACACAUUUGUACAAGAAUUGAGGAGCGCAGGUGCAUGAUAACGGCUGAGUCUGCUACUAUAUGUGGUUUAGGGAUAGGGUUGUUGGAAAUAUAUUUGUGCGUGAAAUAUGAGGUUGAAGGAUGUGUUAAAGCCAACGACAUUGAAGCUGUUACUCUCAUCAAGAACAGACUACGCUGGUUCGACCACAUUGCGCGUAUACCAGACAAUCGUGAGGAAUCGCAUGUCAUACAACUUUUAUUUGAUUGCUUUCAACUGUAAAUCGUUAAUUGUAUUUUUUUUCUAUUAUAGAGGCACAGGUGGAACAUGUAAACACAACUUACUCAUUCCCAGAAGAUAUUGGUACUGCAGUACUUGGUGUAAGACUGGUGAACCUAGCUGGUCCACUACAGACUGAUGUGAAUGUCAGGUAAGAUAUGACUGUAAUAUAGUCACUUAGCUAGAGGGGGAUGGGAUGGCGUUCCCCCUUAAUUUUUCAAAUUUAAAGUUUCAGAUGUUUUGGGUGUGAUUAAGGUGGCUCGAUACAGUUUUCGAAAAUUCAAGUGUUUAACACUUUGACAUGUUCAAACUAGGUAUUUUUAGGAUUUAUUCAACAGAUAUUUUUUUUUUAUAUAUUUUGAUAACUUUACUUUCAAAUUAUAUUAGUUUUAGUAACAGAUAGUUCGUUGCUAUGACGACAUACGUGUACGAAAUUCACUCCAAAAUGGCCUAUCGUCUCGUAUAGUUGGAAAAGAAGCAUGGUGACCCCUGAUUUUUUUUCGUGCAUUAUUUUACUUGGACGAAAAGCUAACAAUUAGCAAAAUAUAAAAAAAUUCUGUAAUGCCAUUUUUUUGGAAAAUGCGAAAAUGUCAUAUUCUUCAAUAACAUUUUUUUGGCAUUACAGAAUUUUUUUAUUUUUUGUAUAAUGAAAGUUUUUAGCGGUGCAAUAGAGCAUGCAAAAUUUGAACAUAGGUCACCAGACAAAAUAAAGAGAUAUAGCGCAUUGUUUUUCUAAAAUGGAAAAUUCUAGUGACGUCAGCAAUUGUCAUAAAACGCUAUAGAACACACGCAAUGGCGUGAUAUGGCGCAAGCAAACUGCUCACGUCAGGUCAUUUUGGAAGUUCUUUCAUUUUGUUAAUCAAUUUCCGCGACCCGCGCGUAAAAAUGGUUACCUGGUUUUGAGUUCGCGAUUCUUGAGCAGGGUUUUUGUGAUAACUAUAUCGAGCCACCUUAAGUAAAGAUGUUAUGUGUUAUAAACAAUGAUUCAAAAUUACCGUUUCAAUACUUGAUAAAAAUAGACCCCAAAAUUCUACAAAUAGCACUCCACUGACGCUAAUUUAAAAAAAGCCAUGAAAGCUCUGGCAGUCCUACAAUAAAACCUGUUUUGAAAAGUCAGGAAGUUAACACUUGUAAUAUUCAGUUACAUGCAGCAGUAACCGGAGGCCAGGAUUUAAAAUAUUGGGCCGGUCAGCACUUAGGUACUUUUUAAUCAUUAUUUUGUAGUUAAGUGUAGUAGUUACAGUAUAGCUCUAAAACACGCAAUUCAGUUUGAUUGAUGGACUUUCGCGCUAACUGCAGUAUGGCCCCCGGGUAUAUCGAAAAAGUAGACCGGACUUUAAAAUCGACAACUCUAAAAGUAGACAACUCUAUAAAUACAACUCUAUAUAACUUUUCCGAAUAUUGUGUAUAUCGGAAUAUUUAUUUGAACAUCAGGGCAUUUCAGAGUCUUUGAUUUCUCUAUAAUCACUACAAUUAUUCUUAAAAUCGAAUUUUUCGAUUCCAGUCUAAAAUCCACAUUAAAAGUGGCGCACAAAAAGGAGGUUUAAAACGCAAUUUAAAAUCACAAGGUGCAAGUUUUGAAGAUGAUUUAUGAACUAUCAAAGUACUAGACAACUGACUUACAUCCUAAACUUUAACUUUUUAGCUAUUUUGGUUUUUCCCGCAGAAGUUAGUUUAAUUUAACCGCGUACAGCUGAUUUCAGAAUGAUUUUAUGCAUGAUUUUACAGUUUAAGUUAAAGUUUAAAAAGCGUGUAUGAGUUUUAGAGGUCGGGGAGCGAAGUUAACCUGCAUCGUUCGAAAUCCUUCCCCCUCCAUUUUCCUGCGCAAAUUAUUAUAAUAUUUUAAUGCGGCUUUUAAAUUAAGAUUAAUUUUGGAGAAUUAUAAGAAAACCCUAGACUAUAUCUAUUUUCACGCAAAUUUUUAACAAAUCUCGCGAUAUUUUCGAUUUAUAAUGAUCUUUUUCAAAAAAACUAAAGAAUCGCGCCGCGUUAAUUGUCGAAUCGCGCCCAGUGUGCCUUUAGACUACAUUUUUAUACACCCUGUAUAACAACGGUGCCAACUUAUGAUCUGUUUUAAUUUUAUUUGAUUUUAAUUUUCAGUGUUGUAGUAAUUGCAGUAGAGCAAGAACCAAAAGAACAAUUUAACAAUGAAUUAACACAAGCCAGCUCACUGCUCACAUUCUUUGCGGGUGAUGUUAAUAAUAGCGUACGAAACAUCUCAAUACCAAUAGUUGAUGACAGUCUAUUUGAAGUUGCUAAACAGUUUUUCGUCUUACUUACCCCUGGCUUUGAUGAUAAAGUUGAAGUACAACAACCAACUCAAGUUACAGUCACUAUAUUGGAUAACGACCGUAAGUGGCGUGUUAAAACAUAUCGUAAAUCCUUUAUUUAACCGACUUGUACUUAUCCACUAAUGACGGUGGGUCUGCCUGCUCGCUAUUCAUAAAUGUGCUAGGAGUUUGCUACAGGUUGUCCCGUCCUCUGCAAAACGGCUGGCUGUAGGAAGGUCUGAAAUACCGAAGUAGUGCAUACGUACAUGACCAAAGUACGGCUGAAGUGUAUUAUAUGGUACCGAGCUUACAGCAACCAGUCCGAUCUCUAAUUUCUUUAUUAGAAAAUUACAAUCUUGAUAACGCACUUAUCAAAAGAUUCUCCUCAGUAAGUCACGUAUGUUGAAAGCUUUGGAGACGACGUACUUGCCGUUCCGGCCUUUCUCGCCCACGUGGGAGAGCCAUACAACAGUAUUGUCAGCACUCCUGAAUAAUCUACAUGCAGUUCUUUCCAUUUAAGCUAGGGUUACACGUGCGAUUUUUUUCUCGCGUGGGCGCAACGGAUCAAAUUUCUGAAAUUUGAUUGCGUUUGGGCAAGAAAAGUGGCAACACGUGCAAUGAUUUUCUCGUCUGGUAUGAGAAGUGCAACAAUCGAAGCUAAAGUCAUGAUGUCUUGACAAAAUUUAGCCCUCUUAAUUUUAUAUAUACUGCGAGCGGUCCCUCCUUUCCCUGGGUUUAGAUUCCUGGGAGUGCGAAGUACGAUCUAGCGUAAGUUGAAGUUCGACACAGCUGUUCCUCUGCUACUUUUGUUGACCUUCCUGGUUCUUUGACUGUCGUUAAAAGUGCUCUCUCUGUGUUUAAGUCAUGUUGUUAGUAUUCGUAGCAUAAUUAUACAUCAGAUUUGCUUGAUAGGUAUAUCGAUUUCGACCAAUGGGAAUUUUGCGUUGUGUGGACAUAAUAGCGUAUGUGUUGUCGGAUGCCCCUCCUUUCUCCUGCGGGACUGCCGGAAUAAAUUUAGACCGACAAGUUUAAAAGUUUGAUUAUACUGUGAAGUGUGGACUGGUUGAUAGAAACAAAAUAUUAUGUUGUCAAUAUAUGUAGACUGCAUGCCUAAUAAAAUGAGUUUAAAUUAAAAGUAUAAAGAUGUCAGAUGCGAAACCAGGAUUCAUAUUAAGAGUUUCAAACUGGCUCGUACAAAUAAAUAUUUUUAACCAGUGGAAAACUCGUCCAAAUAAAUAUUUUUAACCAGUGAACGUUUGAAACUCUUAAAUUAAAAGUGUAUGAAUUUGAAGUUAUUCCGGGACCUUAUUUAAGCAACGACGUUUUAGAAAUAAAUUGAUUUUGGGUUAUUUUCGCCUUGUGUCGAUAGUCUUAUGUAAACUUGGGGAUAUUUACUAGUCCACUGGACUAGCCGCCCCAAAAACAUUUUUCACCAGCCAGGACUUGUCAAGUAAAUCGAUUUUGUUUGGCUGGCUGACUAAAUACAAUGAAUUGUAAUUUGAUAUUGUCGCCAAUUGUUGCCGAAAGCUAAACAGGGAGUUUAAGCUUCACGUUUGCGGGAACGGCAAACGGCAUAGUUGCAAUAUCAAUUGUUGGCAGAAUGUUUGCUUAACUUCUUCACUUCAUCUUCUUGUUCUUAUCUCGAAAGAAUCAUCAUACAUUACAGUCUUAAAAAAGCAAGUCAGUGAUUUCCCAUUUAUUACCUUGUAGCGUAAAUUUUUCUUGCCCUAGCGUUUGCCAUUUGAUGUUUGAACGUGAAACUUAAACUCCUAGUAACUUUCAGUAGUGGUUGCCGAUGGUAUUUAUGUUGCCGCGCAGACCAUGAUACACGUGCAAUUUCUUCUCUCGCGCCGGCAACGCAAUGAAAUUUGACCCAUAUGCAUUGCCGGCGCGAGAAAAAACCCGCAUGUAUAACCUAAGCUUUACAACCACACAUAUCAGAAGUUAUCGCAUACACCAUGCCGUUCUGGUGAUGAUAUAAGUCCACUACAAGGUCUAUAAAACUUGUAUUUUCACGUUUCAGCUGCCCAAAUAUCAUUUACAUCCAGUUCAUACAAUGUUACAGAAGGGCAGACAGCCGCUAUGAUGCUUGAAGUCACCAAUGGUACAUUAGGAUCAUCUGUCAAUGUCAGGUAACUUCGUAAAAAUUUCAUAUUCUAGCAAGGAUGGCAACGUUUCCUUUAUUUAUACUUCUUUAACAUUCUUUUAUUGUAAAAGAAGCUUUGAAUUUGAGAAUAAAAAUCGUCUUUGAUACUCUUUCAUUCCGCUUUUUACCAAAUUGAGUUAAUUACUCUACUUAAUUAAAUACUAUUUUAUUUAUUUAAUAAUAUACAUAUAAAUGUUACUCGACGGUGAUUGCAUUGUUGAUUCCAGUGCAAUUAAUCUCAAACAGUAGUGCAAGAUAAUGUAAUAACAGUGCAAAAAUCUGUAACAAGAGUGCAAAAAUCUGUAAUAAACUGAUCUGAUUGGUAGAAAAACCAUAGGAAUUAAAAUUAACCAAUCAGCGGCUAACCCAGUGGCUUAACACUAGUAACGGUUAUAGAUUGCUUCAAAACAAAACAAACAUGGCGGCUUGCAAAAUUUGGCUUUUAUCUUUUAUUAUAAAAUGUUAAACAAGACUGACAAAAGUGAAAUAAUGUAGUAUAAGAAAACAAGAGAACUUUUUCAAAUGUCAAUGGACAGUUCCCUCCAAACAUAAGUACUAGUUAAAGAUGCUGUAAAGUCCGUAAUGUAAACAAAUACUUUGUUUACAUUUUGAACUCAGUCACUACAGUUGUAAAAUAUGAUUAGAUACGUAUUAUACUGAAUUUUUAACACUCUUCUGGUUCGCUAUGCUUGUAAAUAAAUACAGAUUAGAGAUUCGAUUCAAGAAAGUUCGGAAGGUGCGGAAUAUUAAUAAUAAUUGCGAUGGUUGGUUCCCAUGCAACCAUUGGAAUGUAGGCCUGCGCAGAACGUAUGCGCAGAACGGACUUCACAGCAUCUUAAAAACUACAAUUGCCUCGAACUUUUUAUGUAUACAUUAUUGAAACGUAAUAGGAUGGUUUCUCAUGAAAUUUGCAUGGAUCAGUAAAAGUGAGUUGUUUUUUUUUAGCGCUAUGACCUCCAAUAGCACUCGUCCUUCGGACUCAUGUUAUUUUGAUGCUCUUUAAAAAAACUCACUCGUGCAUGUUUAAAUUGCACUCGAAACCAUCCUAUUACCUGCAGUAAUAUUUACUCAAUGUUAAUUAACAGCAAUAUUCUGGCUAUCAUUUGGAUGAUAACUUCAAUAUAAACAAUAGUUACAAUUAUUCUACGUUAAGUAGAAUCAAUGUAUGGCAUACAGUUUAUCUUAUUUUUGGCUAUAGGGGACGCUUCCUCCGCAUGCGAAAGAGAAAUAUCAUGCUUUAAUUAUAUAUACAUCGUGCAUCAUUGAACUAUGCAUGCACUGGGCAUCCACUUUUUUACCUCGAGAGACAAGAAAUCAAUUUAUAAAUUUCUAUACUCUCUGUUUCGCUUAUUUGAAUUAAAGAUUCGUCCUUGGAGUGUGACUAUUAGCUCAACAAACGUUGGAAUUAAACUGUUCGAAAUAUAUUGUUGUUGUGCAAAAAGAAACAAACCAAAGUGAAAAUGUAGCGUCCCGAUGGAAGUAUAUAAACAUGCAGGAAAGGUUCUUACUAAUAUUAACAAAAUUGUAUAAUUAGCACGAUACGAAAGAUCCCCUUUCAGAAGUUUUACUCCUAUUCUUUCCAACAACUUCAAAUUUCCUUGCGUAUACGGAAACAACUAUUUAUACUUUGUUUAGUUGUGCCAAAUUAUAACUACUGCAUUUGAUUUCAAUUUUAGUGUUAAUACACAAGAUGGAAGUACUGCUGGAAAGAGUGACUUUACCACCACAAUACCGUCAGUAACAUUUCUGGCGGGAGAAACAGGUCCCAAGGUUGUCAGUGUGGUAGCUGUUGAUGACGAAAUCGUUGAACACAGUGAAUAUUUUACGGUUUCCUUGUCAAGCAAUUCUGGGAUAUCACUUGGGCCACAGGCGUCUGUAUUUAUUAACGAUAAUGACGGUAAGAUCACAUAAAUACCGUAAACCUCCGAAUAUUAGCCCCCCCCCCCUAUAUAAGCCACCCCCUCCGUGUACAAAGCCCACCAUAUUCACUAACGCUAGCUAACCACUGAUCUAGUGUAGCUAACGUUCAGAUCCCGAAUAUAUGCUCUUCCCUGUACAAACAAUGCAGCAAUGGGGAUUCCAACAACUUAGACGUGUUACGUUCGCGGGCGAGAACGAACAAAAAAUGUGUGUUGUUAUCUUGAUCAGUUUACGCUCGUUGCUCUCCUUGACCAGACACAGCGACACGCGCUGGCAAAGGAGGCUUUCUUGUAUUUGUAAUAACUUUCUUCUAAGUCUUAUAAACUUUUCGACGACAAUAACUCAAACAAUAUCAAUUUAUUCUUCUUGAACAACAACAACUUCUAAACUUGUCUCUGAUAUUUUUCCAAUACUUAUUAAUUCUUUCUCUUCAAUAAUCUUCUAACUACCUUUUCUUAUUUAACUUAAGCUUUCGCUGUUUAUAUACUAUCCGAUAGAUAUUUAUAGAAUAUUACAUAAACUCUAUUUUUAGAUAUUACGUAUAAGAUAAAUAUAGCAAAACCAUGAGUCACCAUAGUUACGCAAUGUCUUAAUUAAGAAUAUCAUGACGUGACUGACUUCACGUCACAGACGAGUGACAAUAAUUACAUUAUACGGUAUUAUAAUAUGUUAACUAACAUUGUUUUAAUUGUUUUUGUUUGUGGAAACACCACGUAAAUUUAUUACUGCAAAGCUUUCGAUCCGUAAGCCCGGAUCUUCAUCAGCGCUAAUAAUAUGUGCAUAUUAUUAGCACUGAUGAAGAUCCGGGCUUACGGAUCGAAAGCUUUGCAGUAAUAAAUUUACGUGGUGUUUCCACAAACAAAAACAAUUAUAUUUUAUCGCCAUGCAAACAUUCAAAGAACUUAUAACAUUGUUUUAUUAUGUGUUAUAUACUGUAUGUUUAUAUUUCUUGUAUAAUUAUAUAUUUACGGUAUAAUUUACAUGCCUGCAUUAUUGUCUCACGCACCAGAGUACUUGGAAAUUAACACCGUAAACCUUCGAAUAAGCUCGAAUAUAAGCCAUGGACUCAUAUUAAUAAUUCUCAUAUUCUCUUGCAAGCAUUAUUUUUUGACGGACGUCGACUUAUACAUGGAAGGGGGGGGCUUACAUACGCGGGGAGCUUACAUACGGACGACAUUUGUACCUGCCUCUCUCGAUGAUUCCAACAUUCCUGCUGCAAUUACCAUGUAUCGUUCACUGAAACCAAUUUUUAAAACGUUAAAACAUGUCUUUAGAUGUUGAUUUUAUUGUUUUGAAAUUUAUGAAUUCUUCUAAAACAAUAUUCAGUAAUUUGAAUAUUAAUAAAUGGGGCAGGUGUCGUUGUGAUUGUGUUCCUUUAAUUAGAGAACGCUAUACCUCGCACAGGCUUAAUACGCAUUUGGUUGGUUAAUUGGGUAGAUUAAAUGCAUCUGAUUGGUUAGUUAAUGGUAACGGUAGUAGUAGUGGAAAGUCAAAAUCAGAACCGUUCUAUUCAGUAUUCCGAAGAAACAAGUUUUAAUUAAGGUGGAAAAAAAUGGAAAAUUCACGAUUUAGAUGCGUAUUUUUGCAAUUGGACAACUAUUACUCGUUGAUAAACAAAAAGUAUUACCUAUAUAAAACAACAUCUAAUAUAAAGAGUUUGAAUUUUGCACAAAUGUUACACAACUGCCGUUGCUAUGGCAACAAUGACGUUUCAAGAUGGCGGAUAUUUUUACUUUAAAGUAAUCUAACUCGUAAACGACAUCGGUGACCCCCAAAUUUUAUUUUAAAAAAUGAUUUCUCUUAGUACAAUAAAUUACUUUGACAAUUUAAAAAAAUUCUGUGGAGCCAAAUUUUUUUAAAUUACGUAAAGGUGAUUAUUCAUAAUAACUUUUUUUUGGCUCCACAGAACUUUUUUUUAAAUGACAACAUAAUUGAUUAUACUAAGAUAUAUCGUUUUUUAAAAUAAAAUUUGAGGAUCGCCGAUGUCGUUUACGAGUUAAAUUACUUUAAAGCCAAAAUAUCCGCCAUCUUGAAACGUCAUUGUUGCCAUAGUAACGGCAGUUGUGUAACUUUUGUGCAAAAAUUGAAAUCGUUUAGAUGUUGUUUUAUAUAAGUAAAGUACCUUUUCUUUAUCAUCAAGUAAUACUUGUCCAAAAAUACUCAUCUAAAUCGUGAAUUUUCCAAUUUUUUUUUAAACUGUAUUGAGCCACCUUUUAAAGCAUAAUUGUUGAAAGUUAAAACGUAUGCAUGAGUAAAAAUCAAUUAGCCUUUCCCACGCCGCCAUUUUUGAGAUACUUUUUUGCCAAUCCUGCGAGCGUAACACCACGUAACGACGACAUUUUGUAAUUUGUGGGUGUAUGAUGGUAAAUAGUUAGUUUGCUCUGAAAUGUUGCUUUUUACAUUGUUAUAAUCGUUUACGAAAAAUUACAGUACCCCAAAAAUGGCGGCGUGAGAAAGGCUAAUUGAAGUACAAAUUAUAUGCUGUUUAAAGUAAUAUUUUUAUUCGUUUGAGCUUUCGUCAUUUGUGAUGAUGUCGUAGAUUGAUCCGUAAAUCCUAUUUGGUUUACAACCUUGUUUGUUUUGUUAGUUGUGUACAAGAUAGGUCAGUGAUCUUCCGAUCGACGGUUAUGAGGUUGGAGCAAAAGCAUUACCUUAGCAAUUACCUGAGCACAUGCACUUAACUGAUUCGUACGCCUAUAAAUAUCAAAUGGAAAGUCCUGGUUAAUUAAUGACGAUUUUUUAUUCUCCAAUCAAUUCUAUUUUUCUUCUUUACAGAUGUGGUUGUUCAGUUUACUAACAUUCUGUCAUCAGUUACUGAGGGAUCAAGGUUCGCAACUGUCCAACUUAGUGCUACUGGAGAGAGAGCAAUUAAUGUAACAGUAAAGUACGUACAAGUUACAAUUCUUUUUGAACCAUUAUAAACACCGGUACUCAUUCUAAAAGCACAAGUUCUGGCUGACUUUAGCUAACAUUGACUAUAAUGGCGUUAAAUGCAUGCUAACUGCAGUAUAGUUAGAAAACUGUCCUGUUAAUUUCAGGGAGUUAAUUUCCAGUAUAGUUAUUUUGAACCCAAUUUUAAUCCACAUUUGGAGUUAAUUUGGUUAAAAAAAAUUCAAUGGGAUAUCGAGUUAAAUGGAUGUGUAUCCACUAAGCGUUGCAUGGAUAUUAAAUCAACCAGGAUUUCCUUAGUCAUAUCAAAGCAACGUAAGUAUACUCAAUAAGUUAAUUGAAUCAAAGUAAAUUAAAAGGUACGUAUACCAAUACAAUACUCCAAUCCAUUUAUACUGUUAACACUUUUUCCUAUCCCUGGGCUGGGAAGUUUGACAGCAAGACGUUAGUGCAUUUAUCAGAUUCUUUAAAUAUGCCUACUGGGCAUACAUUCAUGCAUGUUGACAUUUAGGGCCAUUUAUACGGGACAAAAUAAGACGCGACUUACAUAAGACGCGACUUAAAUAAGACGCGAGUUUGUCGUAUAAAAGGUUCAAAAUUCUUAUGUAAGACGCGUCUUGGAUAAGACGCGUCUUACAUAAGAACAGGACAUUUGGCUGUUCUUAUUUGGGUCGCGUCUUAAAUAAGAAAUUUUGGGCAAAAAUUCUAACUACACAUGUCCGAAACUUGAAACAACGUAAAAUUAUUAGCCUUGCAUAUUAAAACAAAAACAACCGAAACAACAUUAUAGCUAUAGAAAGUAAAAAUAAGAAUAAAUCCGUAGAGAACCAUUUAUGCGAUAACUCCGCUUAUAUAAGACGCGUCUUAUGUAAGACGCGACUUAUUUUGUCCCGUAUAAAUGGCCCUAUUAUUAAGUUACACUGGCGUUUUCUGUGCAAGGUAUAUAUAUAUAUUUGCUUUGAGAGAACUCUGUUGUGUUGUUUUCUUUAACAUUGUACAUAUAUUAUAGCAACAAAUAUACACACGUACUGUUUGUAUAUAUAUAUUAAUAUUUCGAAGUCACUUUUUAAAAAAUUCUUAAUUUGUGUUUAUUAAAUUAAUUCACUUCAAUUUGGCUGAUAUAUAUAUGUUAUUUACCGGCUGCGAAGUCCGGAUGAGAAAAACUGUGCCCGAGGUCUUGAAAACAGUUUUUCUCAUCCGGACCGACGCUGCCGGUAAAUAACGUGUUUAUUUUUUAUCAGAUGUAAAAAUUAAAUUGAUUAAAAUUCCAGGGAUGCUUGCGAACUAAUUUGAGAUCAGUGCAGUUGUGUAUUUUCAAAGCGAGGCGAGAAAAUUGGCAAGAAAGACACAAAAAGACGUAUAGUUUCAGUAAAAAUGUACAUGCUUUUUUCAUGAAUAUGUUAGCAGAGAAGCUUUGGAAUAAAAACUUUUAUGCCUGGCGUUUUGGCUUUGGCUUUGACAAGUUGCUCCUGCCAACGACAGGUUCAUGUUCAGAUCCGAUCAAAAACAUGUAAAAAUGAAUCUGUUGUGAUUUAAUAGUAACGUUUUUAUACUAAAAGGACAAUGAAAAAGGUAUGUUAUUUUUAUAUUUUUGUAUUUUUUCUUGUCGUUUCACGAUAAUAUGCUUGAAAAAAGUGUUUUUAAACACAAACUUUUACUUUGUUUACAAUAUUUAUAUCAGUGAAAAAUACAUGACACAAAUGGGUAGAGAAUAUAUUCGUGUCUUAUUUUUACUGUUGCUGUUAAACCUUCUUUUAAAUGGGAAAACAUUUAUUUUACAAUAUCUGUUUAAGCUGUAAUUUUUCGCUUUUAAGCGGCCGAAUACAUGAGCAUUCAAAAAAGAUAUAGUUUUCUCGACGUAAGUUUUAUACAUGUCAAAUACUUUCCGACUUUCAGUCCAUUUCUAUAUCAAAAUAUUGUCAAUUGUCGUGAACAUCGUGCUUAGUAUUAAUUGAUGCUAUUCAUUUUCGUAUUCUGACUAUCAUUAGGCUAUGUUUUUCAAACGUUUUUGGCAGAUUUUUUCGUUUAAAAACUGUUUCACUCCUCAGUGUUUGCCGCGAAAACCAGAGCCACAGAAUAGGAAGUUAUACCAGAAGCGUAACUCAAGCAAACAUUUGUCCGCGUUUUUACAAGCGAUUCGUCAUCAAUCACGCCAUCCUGGCUAGUACAACCGGCACUUUGUACCUAGCAAAACCUGAUAAAAACUUCCGGUUGUACUAGCCAGGAUGGCGUGAGCCAGUUAAAAUUUUCGUGGACGUCAAACAAUAAGGGAAACGACUAGAGUUACGCUUCUGGUAUAACUUCCUAUUCUGUGCCAGAGCGGGCAGUUGCAUUUCACAGCGGGCAGUUGCGUUGCAGAGCGGGCCGGAUGCAAAAAACCGGCCCGCUCUGAAAGGCUCCUCAGCCAAUCAGAUUGCUUCAUUUUCACUGAUAAAAAAUAAAUGAGGGUAUUUCAACUGUAUUUUUAGGCCUAAGGUAGGGAAUUUAACCGCAGAAUAUCGAAAAAAAUCUCCUGGGGUAUGCGGGGGUGGGUUGGGGGUGGGCUGUUGGGUGACCAUGAUGGGAUGUUAACAGUGUAAAUUAAUUGGCGUAUAAUUAAUAUUAUAAUGUACCUGCAGUAUUAAAUAGAGGAAAACGACGCUUCCAUGUUUGCUGCGAUGUCUUUCUCGGUUUUAAGCACACUAAAAGGCACAGUUCAGCCUUUUGAAUAAUGGUUUAUGAGGCGCAUUUUAGGCCUUUUAAUUGAAAAAAUCAAUUAAGCAUAAUUCAAGAUCUGGCUCAGCUUUUUUUAACAUUUUAAAACAUUUUUAUUGUUAAAAACAUUGAGUUUACUGAUCUUGAAUUAUGCUAAAUUGAUUUUCCUGCUUAGUUUUUUCAAUUAUAAAAGGGCUGAAAUUGCCUUAAAAAACCAUAAUUCAAAAGGCUGAACUGUGCCUUUAAGGCACUAAUUAUAUAUUUUUCACUGUGCUUAUCAUAAAAUAUGUCUUUUAUUUGUAUACUAAACAGAUUUAUGCAAGGGAGCGUUUGUAUGUGGUUUUCUUUCCAUUUAAAUUUAGUGUCAGUACGCAAGCUGAUUCUGCUUCACCGAAAGUUGAUUACGUCACAAAAACAGAAAGUGUAACUUUUCAACCUAGCGAGAUAUUUAAAAUUGUGGAAUUUACUAUCAUUAAUGAUCAGAGAAUUGAAGAAGGAGAAUCAUUUAAAGUUAUUUUGAAUGCAGUUUCAAGUCAAGUGACCCUGGGUGCUAUUAAUGAACAUACGGUUCAAAUUAUUGACGAUGACUGUAAGAAUUACAUUUAUGAUAUGGUUUUUAAACACUACGUACUGUUGAGAGAUUUAAGCGCAAUUUUCAAAAGAGCUUUGAUAUAGUCUCUAUAUAUAGCCUAGUGCACAACAAAAUAUUUUAGACAAUUAUCCAACUACUGCAUGCAUUUAGUUAGGGACCAAGGUCAUUUUUUCAACCCCUUGCCCGGCCGGACACAUACCUCUUUUUCUCUCUUCCUUUGCCUUGUGUCCAUUAGCGUUAACGUCUUUUAAAAUGUUCCUUCUAAGUUGCGACUGUGCAGUUUACAAGUUCAGUCUUCUCUGGAAAUGAAACAUUUGGUUCUGCUGAUAUCUGGGUUAUGUUGACUGGAGAUUUGGAAGAUCCUACUUCAGUGAAGUACGUUGAUUAUUUUUAGUUUUGUUUGUUUCUAGCAGUUGAAUAAUCUACUGAUGAAGAGACUAAUUUCUUCAAUUGAAUUACAUAUUUUGCAGUAUAUUUUUCUUUUUAAUAUAUACUAACACUAUUUCCAAGUUAAAAAUAUUCUGCAAGACUAUAUAGCCUAGUAUACAGCUAUUUCAAUUAAGGUUGUCCCCGAGCAAAGCGGAAAAGUCGAAUGCAAGCGCGAAAGGCUGAUGGGAAUCCCUAAUAAAUGAGUGAAAUUAUUAGCGUUCCCAGCAGCCCUUCGCGCUCGUAUUCGACUUUUCCGCUUUGCUCGGGGGACAACCUUAAUUGAAAUAGCUGUAUAUUUAACACUUAGUGAUUGGAAAUUUCAGGAAACAGUAUGUUUUGUGGAUCUGAAAUUGCCAAAUGUUUGCCAAUGGAAAAUUCCAAUGAAUAAACUUCAACAUGAGCUCCACCUUUGAAUUUACUAUGUAAAUUCUUAAACACGUCCGAAUUUAUCAUUAUGAUAAAUUCGCUGCACAUUUUGAAUUUAUCAAUAGAGUUAAUCAUAAACUGACCCCAAGCAUUAGACAAGACUUUUUGUUAUAAAUAUAAUGUAACUAAAAGGGAGGUUGGUCGCGCGGGGGUUAGGAGAUUCCCAAGAUUCCCAAAGAAAAGGUUUCGAAAAGUUUUAAAAAGGGGUUAGGGGUUGGGGUUAAUGUUAGGGUUAGAUGCCGCAAAUUUAUCAUUAUGAUGAAUUAAAAAUGUGUCGCGAAUUUAUCAUAAUGAUAAAUUCGAACGUGUUUAAGAAUUUACUCAUAUUGAGUAAAUUCAAAGGUGGAGCUCAUGCUGAUAAACUUGUACUUUCCAUAUACAAAGUGCCAAAGACAGCGAAAAGCGAAGCAGAAAUGAGAAAAUUCAAUUUUUGUUCUCCAUAGGGAUUAACGGAGCGAUUUUAAUUAUUCACUGGUGAAUAAAAGUAUUGUCCGACUACUUUCCGAUGACUUUCAUGUGAUACGCACUGAUCUGAUAGUAUAGGUGAUAGCAUGAUACGUCGUCUCGUCUAGUGAGAAGCAAGAGUAUAUGAACAUUGGCACUUGCUAAAUAAUUAUAAUAAUAAUAAUGAUAAUAAUAAUUACAUUUUAAUAAUAAUAAUAAUAAUUAAAUAAUAAUAAUAAUACUUGACAUUUUACUUAUAUAGUUAACACAAUCAUGCGUGCCGGUUUCUAUCCUUAUAUCAAGUAUAAAAAUAUUAAUGAAUAUAGUAAACAUAUUUCUUAUUGUGUUCUAUGUAUUUCAAGUUUAUUUCUCAGAAAACAUCUAUAUGAUUGUUUUAGUGUUUCUACACAACAAGACACGGCGGCGGCAGGAGUUGACUAUACAAGUUUGACCAAUUCUGUUCUGACGUUUACACCUGGAGGAACAACAUUACAGCACAUAACAGUUAAUAUAAUAGAUGAUGACUUGAUUGAAGGAACUGAAUGGUUUACUGCUAGCCUAUCAACUACCAGUCCACUGACAAAAAUUGGAAAUAUUAAUGAGACGAUUGUACGAAUUACUGAUAAUGAUGGUACGCAACUAGAAACAUGUUGACUGGUAUAUAUUUUAAUUGAAGCAAUGCUAUAAGUACUAUACGCGCUAUCCACUGGAUGCAGUGACUUUUUCAACCUGCAUAAAAAUUAAUGCUCUUUCAGAGAAGUUAAUUUGCAUGGUCGUCAAUCCUGGGGGGGGGGGAUGGGGGGGGGACGUGUCCACCCCUGUUUUUGGAGUGGGGGGGGGACGAAUAUCUAAUUAUCCCCCCCCCCUUUUUGACAUGUUUAAAGAAAUUUCUUGGUUAUCUAAAAACCUAAUGUAUGGUAUGCUGUUCAUCAAAAAUUGUGAUUGAAAGGAAGACAUUUAAUAAGAAGAAGUACAACGUAUGAUCUUUCUGUACCCGCUCGGAGCAAGUACUGAUAUCUCAUAUGUAAAAUUGUAAAUACUUAAAAAUAAUUGCGUUUUAACUGUCUCGUCUAAUCCUACAAGGUUAUUACAGUUAGCUUAAUAUUAUGUAAUAUUUAAUGAAAAGAAGCAGUGGCGGACACUAGGGGAGGGGGCGAGGGGAGGGGGCGAGGGGGGGGCUAGCCCCCUGAAUAAUUUUGAAAGACUGUAAAAAUCUUGUACCAAAUAACACAAAUCACAGUAUAUAACGUAAUUGUCAUAUUAAAUAAUAACUAUUUGAUAAAACUUAAGCUAAAACAGUAAGCAAUAUACCAAACAAUAUAAUAAUAUACGUUUCUGUACUGUACAUGACACAACAUACGCAUUUUAUACAUUAUUUUUGCCGGGUACUAGGAGGUCAACUUUUUGCAACAGGCGCUUCUUUAAAUGCCAUUGUCGAUUUCUUGUUGUUUUUGAAGCUUAUACUAGUCUUUAGCAGCAAACUUUUCUGCUGCACCAUAUUAUUUGAAUGCGUAUUAAACUAUUAUGCCAAAAAACAAUGGAUAAUUCAAUUAAUAUUCCAAUUUUAAUUGUGUUAACAAAAACAAAAACGUGCGCAGCGAAUAAAUUUCACUCACUUAGCGAAUAAAUUUUUACAUGCAAUUCCAUUCAGCAAUGUUAAUAAUCAUGUAAAUAUUUUCUCUGAAAUGUUGUUUUUCUAUGCUUUGCAUGCAUGUGAUUUAUAAUUGAAUGCCGACCAUUAAAACAGUGUUUUGAAAACCUAGUUUUUUGUGUUCUCUGAAUGCUGCAAAUGCCAUUUCCGGGAUCCGAAUUUUAAAAUUUUCCCGUGCUUUCGGCACGAGCCCCCCCCCCCCCAAUAUUUCGUAAAGUGUCCGCCAUUGAAGAGAAGUUAUAUGUAAAUUUCCAGGUGCUAAUAAAUAUUGAUUAACUGAGUUUCCCUUACAUAGAUGAUUAUCAUUAAAAUAAGGCAAAUUGUUAAUUUAAUAGAUUAUUAGCAUUAUAAAUAAGAGUGAGGAAAUGUUCAUCGACAGUAACGUCUGGUCACAGGCUAGGACAUGUUGGUUUCUCACAUAGUUAACAUACUCACAUUUCUCACGUGGAUUUAAGAUCAUGCACAUUGUAGUAUGAUUUUAUAAGUGCCUCCAAAACGCUGGGAAUGCCGUACCAAAAUUUUAAAAAACAUUUCGAGUAGCAUGCCUCCGGACCUUCAUAGUUUGGAGUCCGUCCCUCCACUUUUUGGGAUAGAUUGACGCCCUUGUUAAUUUGUACUCAAAACACAUGCAGAACUAUCUGUGUUAUCAUGAAAAGUCAAAAGUCAACGCCAAAACUUUAUUAUAUCAUUCACAAAUUGCAUGUAUUUUUGACCUACAUGAAUACAGUCGACGUAUCCAUUUGUAGAUUAAUUGUUAAGAAUAGUACGAGCCCUCUCGCACCAAAAUUGUACAAACCUAGGCGUAUGGGCCGGGGGGCAUGGGGGGCGUGUGCCGUGCGUCAUUCGGGAAAAACAUGAAAAAUUCUGAAAAAUUAUGUUAUGUCCGGAAAAUUUUUUCUAUGUGUGCGAAAAUUAUGGGAUAUAAGGGAAAAUCAUUUGGUAUGUCCGAAGAAUUUUUUGUAUAUUUGCGAAAUUUACGGGAUAUUAGGGAAAAUUUUUAGGUAUGUCAGGGAAAAUUUUUUUGGUGACCUCCCCCCCUUUCACCAAAUUUUGGGGAGAAAUAUUAAUUGGCGAAUGUCGGGUAAACUAAUACUGUGCCUCAAACAAGAUUAGGCCCGUACGCCCAUGUGUACAAAUAUAUUGUUUUCACUACCAUCUUUUUUCAUUCUGUGACUAUUAAUAUAUAUUUGGCUAUUUUGCGUUUAACUUUAAAUUACAAAAGUGUGUUGUGAUAUUUAGCAAAACAUUUAAAUUUUUCUUUUGUCGAAUAUUGUUAUUUAGUGGCUUCACUGGGAUUUAGCAAUGUACUAGAUUUCCAAGUCAACGAAGGAAACGUUGUUCUUCUUACUGUUCAACUCACUGGAGUUGCCCAAGGGCCGACGUCUGUGAUGUAAGUCAUGCAAAAUAUAUUUUCAAUGUUUGCGAGUGCUAAUUGUUGUUAUGGAGAUGGAUAGUUUUUUGUUAGUUGCUGCAUAUAUUCAGUACGUUCUUAGCUUAUAAUUCUUAUUCCCCAAUUUUACAUAUAGGGCUACAGUGACUAUCUCACUUGAAAGUGCCAGCAAUAAAGAUGUCAAUGUUACAUCGUCAAUUGACUUAAACUUUAGUUCUUUUAAUGCUGAGGAAUCUAUUGCCAUAAGCACCGUGGAAGAUUUAUUAAUUGAAAGUGACGAGGUGUUUCGUGUUAAUAUAUCGACAUCAAGUUCAAAUGUGGAAAUUAAUGGUGGGAUUACAACUGUUACAAUCCUGGAUAAUGACAGUAAGUGCAUGUGUUCUACAUGGUCUUAA